AUGGCGGAAAGAGGCACCGACGUCGUCACAAACUGGCCCAUCAUCGGGAUGCUGCCGUCUCUCCUCCUCAACAUGCACCGGCUCCACGACUGGUGCACUGAAGUCCUCGGUGCAACCGGUCGCACCUUCGUAUUCAAGGGCCCAUGGUUCGGCUGCAUGGACAUGCUCAUCACAUGUGAUCCAGCUAACAUAAACCACAUCCUAACCACCAACUUCGCCAAUUUUCCCAAGGGCUCGGAUUACGUAGAGAUCUUCGACGUUCACGGCGAUGGGAUCUUCAACUCCGAAGCUGAUGUGUGGAGACUUCAGAGGAGGAUGGCCCACACCCAAAUCAAAUUCAAGGGCUUCCGGCAGUUUGUUGCCAAGACGAGCCGCGAAAUGGUGGAGAAUAGGCUCAUUCCCCUUCUCAAGGACAUGGCCCAUCAGUCCAAGGUUGUGGAUUUGCAAGAUCUGUUACAAAGAUUCUCGUUUGAUCGCACAUGCGUUUUGGUGUUUGGUGUCAACCCGAACUGCCUUUCUGUCGAUUUCCCGACCGUACCGUUCGCGGUGGCGGUUGAUGAGGCGAAGGAGGUUAUACAUUUCCGGCACACCGUGCCGGUUAGCUGGUGGAAGCUGCUAAGGUGGCUGAGGAUCGGUAGAGAGAGGAAAUUAGCCAUGGCAUGGGACACGAUCGACCGCUUCAUAUCGAGCCAUAUAUCGAUGAGAAGAGAAGAACUGAGAAAACCCAAGAUCAACGGUACAGAUGAAGCGGAUGCAAUCAACCUACUGACUUCCUAUAUGGGCCAUGAAUCGGAGGAUCGAACAGGGAAUACAAUCAAGACCGAUAAGUUCCUCAGGGACACAACAUUGAACUUUUUGGUCGCUGGACGGGACACCAUCAGCGCAUCACUUACAUGGUUCUUUUGGCUUGUAUCGAAGAAUCCAACCGUUGAAUCAAAGAUCUUAGCUGAGCUAAGAACAAUCCGAUCAUCAGAGGAAGGAUGGCCCACGAAACCAAGGGUGUUCGAUGCAGAAGAGCUCAGCGGGCUAGUGUACUUGCACGCGGCCUUAUGCGAGGCACUACGGUUAUAUCCACCUGUCCCACUCGUGCAUAAGGGUGUAACGAACUUCGAUGUCCUUCCCAGCGGAAAACGGGUCCACCCGGGAAUGAGGAUCUUGUAUUCCUUAUACGCGAUGGGGAGCAUGGAGGCGAUCUGGGGUAAGGAUUGCUUGGAAUUCAAGCCGGAGCGAUGGAUAUCUGAUCAAGGCACACUGAAAUUAGAACACUCGCACAAGUUCUUGGUGUUUAAUGCCGGGCCGCGGACUUGCCUCGGCAAGGACAUAUCGUUCACUCAGAUGAAGGCGGUCGCUGCAGCCGUGAUCAGUAACUUCCAUGUUCAGGUGCUGGAAGGGCAGAUCGUGUGUCCAGAAUUCUCUAUAAUCCUUUAUAUGAAGAACGGUUUGAUGGUCGAGAUCAGAGAACGGCGUGAUUGACGAUGGACGGUCGUGAUCAUGAAGAUGUGGUCUAUGAUGAACGGCGUGGAUUGGGGCCUGGUAAUGACGAUGGCACCUAGUGUUUGAAGUUACAGUUACCGUUACUCUAGUUUUGUUGGUAGUUAUGCUGUGAAAAACACGAGGUCGGAUCUCUAGGGGUUGUUUGGAUGCCUUUAAAUUUUUUUAGCUGUAAACACGUUGCACCAUAAAAGAGUGUUAGGUGUGAUUGGCUUAUAUGUUAUUCUGUUUGGUUUUUAAGUGAUAAUCUGUUUAAAAGUAAAUAGUACGUGUGUUUAGCUAGCUUGUAAAGUAUGUACAAUGAAUAAAGAAGGUAUUUAUACCAUAGGGCUUGAGCGAUUAACCUUUCAAAAUAUGCAAAUCAUAUAAAAAAGACUUGAUUUUUAUU